AUUCCGACUUUUCUCUUCCCACCCUCUGCCUCUUCCCACCUCUGGCGGGGCGAAGGGCUUCCAGCCGCUCGGAGCUCCGGCUCGGACAGCAGGCAGGACGGGAGAGGUGCGGGCACCGCGGAGGAGCGCAUGGAGAUGCACAUUCCUUCUCUCCUGUGGGCCAUCCUCUUUUUUGGAGUGACCAGUUCCAGUCCAGUGCCAAGAAAACUUUUUGGGGAAAUCAGAUCCCCAAAUUAUCCCAAGCCAUACCCCAACAAUAACAUCAGCAGCUGGGAUAUCAUCGUCCCAAAAGGCUAUGUGGUGAAGCUGACCUUCAGAUAUUUUGACCUGGAGCCAUCUGAGUCCUGUUUCUAUGACUAUGUUAAGAUCAAAGCAGACAAGAAGAACUUGGGCCGAUACUGUGGUCAGCUUGGGUCAACCACAGGCAAUCACCCAGGAAGAAAGGAGUUUGUAUCUCAGGGGAACAGAAUGCAUCUGGAGUUUCACUCUGAUUUCUCCAAUGAAGACAAUGGCACAGUCAUUCCCUACAGAGGUUUCCUUGCCUAUUACCAAGCUGUAGAUCUUGAUGAAUGUGAUCCUAACAAUGCUGCUGAGGACAAUGAGGGGCCUCGGUGUCAGCACAUUUGCCACAACUAUGUGGGUGGCUACUUCUGUUCUUGCCGGCCUGGCUACCAGCUCCAAAGUGACCACCACUCCUGCAAAGUGGAGUGCAGCAGUGAGUUGUACACAGAGGCAUCUGGGUACCUGAGCAGCCCCGAGUAUCCCCAGCCCUAUCCUGAAGACCUCCGAUGUAACUACAGCAUCCGCCUGGAAAAAGGCCUGUCUAUCAUCCUGAAGUUCCUGAAGCCCUUUGAGAUUGAUGACCACCAGCAAGUUCAUUGCCCUUAUGAUCAGCUCAAGAUCCAAGCACAAGGGAGAGAGAUUGGUGAAUUCUGUGGCAAGGAGUCACCCGGCAGCAUUGAAACCAAAAGCAAUGAGGUGGACAUACUCUUCCUCACCGAUGAGUCAGGGUUCAGCCGUGGCUGGAAGAUCCACUACACCUCAGAGAAAAUACGGUGCCCGCAGCCUGUCCCACUGGAUCAGUUUACUGUCAUCAGAGACCUGCAGCCUGUGUAUCGAUAUCAGGACUAUUUCAUCGUCAGCUGCAAGACUGGCUAUAACCUGAUGAAGGGCAGCCAGAAACUGCUGUCCUUCACUGCUGUCUGCCAGGCUGAUGGAACAUGGCAUCAAUCCAUGCCCCGCUGCGAAAUUGUGAACUGUGACAAUCCUGCAGAAUUGACCAAUGGGGUAUUCAGAUAUGUUAAGAAACCUGCAAACAACAACUACCAGUCAGUGAUCGAGUACCAGUGCAAUGAGCCAUAUUACCACAUUGUCACCAGAGGAGGAGGUGGCAGGUUCACCUGCUCUCCUGAGGGAACCUGGGUGGAUCAAGCUGGCCAGGCGAGGAUUCCUGUUUGCUUGCCAGUGUGUGGGAAGCCAGUCAAUCCUGUUGCUGAAAUCCAGCGGAUCUUGGGCGGCAAGCAAGCAAACAGAGGCAGUUUCCCUUGGCAGGCUCUGACUGGCAUCCAUGGACGUGGAGGUGGAGCACUCCUGGGCGAUCGCUGGAUCUUGACUGCUGCCCACACCAUCUUACCCAAAGCGUCAGGAGGAAACAAUAUAAGCCUAGACCAGCUAGCAGAGGAGGCUAACAUUUUCCUUGGCCACACGGACGUAGAAGAGCUCCACAAGAUGGGCAACCACCCUGUGCGUAGAAUCUUUAUCCAUCCAGAUUACAACCCUAAAGAUGAGCACAACUUCAAUGGGGACAUAGCACUGCUGGAGCUGAAACACCCAGUAACCCUGGGCCCUGCAGUACUGCCCAUCUGUCUCCCAGAUACUACCAACACCACUUUCUACAUGGAUGGGCAUAUGGGCUACGUGAGCGGCUUUGGUGUGGAAAAGAACUUUCUUUCAAAUCAUUUGAAGUAUGUGAACCUACCAGCUGUUUCCCGGGAGAAGUGCCAGAGCUGGCUGGAUAGUAAGAGUGGACAGAUGCCUAUGGUUUUCUCUGAGAAUAUGUUCUGUGCUGGCUUCCUCACAGUCAAACGGGAUACCUGCCAGGGGGAUAGUGGGAGUGUCUUCACAGUGUUAGACUCGGGAAGUGGACGCUGGGUGGCUACGGGUAUCGUUUCUUGGGGUAUCGGCUGUGCCCAAGGUUAUGGCUUCUACACCAAGGUCCUCAACUAUGUGGACUGGAUCAAAGAGAUAAUAAGGGAGGAUAGGCUCUAAAUAUUCCCAAGUAGCUGAAGAAUCACUGAUAUCAUGUAGAUUUCCAGACGCAGCAAAUCAUAUCCAAAGCUUUCGAUGAUGUCCUAAAGGCUUUUCAAACACAGAGACCAUGUAACCUUAAUCAUGAGCACUUCUGAAAGCCACCAUAUUGUUUGAUGAAUUCUUGGUGGCACUGUCAAAAGUUACCAAAGGGUCUGUCCCAUUAGCAGUUUGUGGGUGUUCUAGUUCUUCCAAAGGCAAUCUUAUUGUUGGACAAAGCUUUAAUAGUAUCAGAAAUCUCAUGACAGCAAACAUGCUAUUGUGUGAAGUGCUAACAAUAUCAUCAGACUACUGCAGUCUACAUUUGUAGUCCCCAUUGUGUGGGAAGUUUGCAGUGCAGCAAACCUUCUUGAAGGCUGUGGUACUUUGUGCUGAGUACAGUGUGUAUAUGCCCAUUGGCAUCAGUAAGAUUCUAUGAAUAUUAAAAUAAUUGCUGGAGAAA